AUGUUCCGAGCUGCUGCUAGGCAAGUGCGGCCGUUUGUGCGUCCCUUUACUGCAAAUGGCGUCAUCUCUCAAGCGCGGAAGAGUUCCGCCCAGGCUGCGAGAAAUGCUGUGCCAAAAGCGAACCCACCACCAGCUUUCUGGACGACCUGCCGUGUGAUACUGUUCUCAAGCUUCACUGGAGCUCUGACAUACCUCUACGGUGUCUACGACAACGGUUCCUUCAAUGCGUUCAAGUCUGGCACAAGCAAGCCCGUCUAUGCUUCCCAAAAAGAAAUGGAAAAGGCCAUAACCGAACUCCGCACCCUCUUCGGCGCCGACGCCAUCAGCACCGACGACGACGACCUGCGCGCCCACGGCUACUCCGAAUGGUCGAGCGUCAACAUCGACCAGCUGCCCGUCGCCGUCGCCUACCCGCGCAACACCGCCCAAGUCUCCCAAAUCGCCCAAGUCUGCCACCGCUACAAGAUCCCCAUGAUCCCCUACUCGGGCGGGUCGAGUCUGGAGGCCAACUUCUCCGCGCCCUUCGGCGGCGUGAGCAUCGACUUCGCCCACAUGGACCGCAUCAUCGAGCUGCACGCCGAGGACAUGGACGUGGUGGUUCAACCCGCCGUGCCGUGGAUGGAGCUGAACGAGAAGAUCAAGGACUCGGGCCUGUUCUUCCCCGUCGACCCCGGACCGAGCGCCAAGAUUGGAGGCAUGGUGGGCACGAGUUGCAGCGGGACGAACGCGGUGCGGUACGGAACGAUGAAGGAGUGGGUCGUCAACCUAACCGUCGUGCUGGCGGACGGGUCCGUCAUCAAGACGAGGCGGAGGCCGCGGAAGACGUCGGCCGGGUAUAAUCUGACGAAUCUUUUCAUCGGUUCGGAAGGGACCUUGGGGAUCGUUACGGAAAUCACCCUAAAGCUCACCGUUAUUCCGCAGGAGACGAGCGUCGCCGUGGUGCCGUUUCCGACGAUAAGAGAGGCUGCUUCGGCCGCCGCGGACAUCAUGCGGGCGGGCAUUCAGGUAGGGGCCAUGGAAAUCAUGGAUGAGGUCCAGAUGAGCGUCAUCAACAGGGUCAAGGCGACGAAGAGGACGUGGAAAGAGGCACCGACCAUGUUCUUUAAGUUUUCUGGCACGAAAGCCGGCGUGCAGGAGAACAUCAAGCUGGUGAAGGCCAUUGCGAAAUCCCAUAAUGCGGGUAAUUUCGAAUUCACGACGGAUCCUCAGGACCAGAAGGAACUGUGGUCGGCGAGAAAAGAGGCGCUGUGGAGCAUGCUGGCACUCAGGGAAGGUGAUCUGGAUGUGUGGUCGACUGACGUUGCUGUGCCACUAUCGAGAUUGCCCGACAUUAUCGAGGUAUCGAAAAAGGAGAUGGAUGACCUUGGAGUCUUUGCCAGCGUUCUUGGUCAUAUCGGCGAUGGAAAUUUCCAUGAAAGCAUCUUGUAUAACAAGAAGGACCCCAAGGAAUACGAAGCCGUGAAGAACUGCGUAUACAGAAUGGUUGACAGGGCCAUCGAAAUGGACGGUACUUGUACCGGCGAGCACUCCAUCGGCCUUGGAAAGAAAGCGUCACUCCUAAAGGAGCUUGGACCGGAAACAGUUGAAGUGAUGAAGAGCAUCAAGCGUGCUCUCGACCCCCACUGGCUGCUGAAUCCCGGAAAGAUCAUGGAUCACUGA